AUUGGGUUGGGCCCAAUAAAGCCCAUUAAGUCACCUCAGAACAAGAAUCAAACAAAUAUUCAAACACAAACUGUCGCAUCGGUCGAUGGUCAUUCAGUUUUCCCCUUUCUCGGAUUUUCCCCCAAUUUUCGAUUUUGAAAUUUUUCUAGGGUUUCGGUUUUCGAUUUGAAAACUAACACUCAGAAAUCCAAUAUCAAAUUGCAGUUGCAGAGUUCAGAGAAAUCCAAUGUCGGCUUCGACCGUAUCCAUUACGGCGAAUCCCGGUACUCGGCGGAGGUCGGCGGUUGUGGUGUCAACAGAGAAGUCAAAGAAUAUCGAGUUGGUUUCCGCCGAGCCCCAAAACAAAACCGGUGAUGAUAAAUCCACCACCGGAAAUGGCAGAGAUCUGAGUCACCAUUCGAUUAGGAGUGAGGCUGUUCUCGAGCGAACUUCAAGGGAAGCCGUACAGACCAAAAAAUCUGCUGCGACAUCCACGGUCUCGCCUCCGUUGACAACCAACGGUCGGAGAAGUCGGAAGGUCGCCUCUCCGAAGCCCCGUUGGGCCACCGCCCUUAGUGUCUUCGGUAAGAACUUCGUUCUUCUGCUUUUGCUUGCUGGUCUUGUUCAGAUUGUUAGGAAGUUUGCUUUGGGAUCUGGAGAUGAUGGGGAAGGUGGUUCUCCUUUAGCGUUUUCUGAUUUCGAGGGUAGAAUUGCGGAAAUUGAGAAGCUUUUUAAGUCUACUACGAAGAUGAUGCAGGUUCAAGUGGAGGUCGUUGAUCGGAAGAUUGAUCAUGAGGUUGGAGGGUUGAGAGAAGAAGUUGGGAAAAUGAUUGAGGAAAAAGGGUCUGUUUUGGAGAAUAGAUUGAUUGAAUUGGAGUCCCAAGGUGAAUCUUUAGCGAGAUCAUUGGGUGAAUUGAAAGAUGUGAAUUGGUUGUCUAAGGAUGAGUUUAAUAAGAUUUUUGAAGAACUGAAGAACAAAAUUACAGGAGAUGAUGAUGGUAAUGGAAAAGCUAGUUUGAAUGACAUUAGAGUGUAUGCAAGAGAUUUGGUAUUGAAGGAGAUUGAGAAACACGCAGCUGAUGGGCUUGGGCGGGUGGAUUAUGCUUUGGGUAGUGGUGGAGGCAUGGUUGUCAAACACUCUGAACCUUAUUUGGUAGGAAAAGGAGGCAAGUGGUUUUUAAGGAGUGCAAGUUAUGAUGUUCACAAUGAUGCCAGAAAGAUGUUAAAGCCGAGUUUUGGAGAGCCGGGACAAUGUUUUGCAUUGAAGGGCAGUAGUGGAUUUGUUGAGAUUAGGCUCAGGACAGCAAUUAUUCCUGAAGCUGUUACUCUGGAGCAUGUUGCCAAGAGUGUUGCUUUCGACAGAUCAAGUGCUCCGAAGAAUUGCAGAGUCUCCGGGUGGCUGCAGGAGCAAAAUUCUGAAUGGUCAUAUGAUUCAGAGAAGAUGUUUCUUCUAGCCGAGUUCAGUUAUGACCUUGAGAAGAGCAAUGCACAGACCUUCAAUGUGUUGGAGUCAGUGGGCUCUAACGUUGUUGAUACUAUCAGGUUAGAUUUCACUUCAAACCAUGGAAGCCCUUCUCAUACUUGCAUUUAUCGCUUGAGGAUGCACGGUCACGAACCAUACUCGGUUUCUACGAUGCCAAUGCAAUCUUGACACCGCCAUCAACAACACCAACACCAACACCAUGUAUUCCAUCCAUUCUUGUAAUAUUUGCUUCUCUCUCUUAAUCAGAUCUAAAUACAGAGCUUGAAUUGUAUCUCUCUCUCAUUAGAUUCUGGAUACUAGUCAGGGAUAUUUUGCUUGUAUCUAUGCUUUUCUAGUGUAAUCAUUUUGAUGUGUAUCUUUUACGGAAGUGAAAUAGGAUGUUUUGUUGCAUUUGCAGAGUCUUUAAACUUAAAAGGAGAGCCCAAAAUCUAUGAAUUUGGACAUUGAUUGGGUCAUUCCAACACCAUUUGUUUUUUUAUUAUUAUUAUUAUCAACUUUAUUUUGAGUUGAAA